GCACUUUCAAACGAAUUUAACGAUAACGAAAACAAGCUGGACAUUGACAUUAUGUGUUCAUGUGUGCGUUUUUCUAAUUAGUGUACAGAUCUUAAUUAUCAUAAUACUGAAAAGAGCUAGUCUUAUCCACGUAGCGACUGGACUUCAAAAUAACCUAGAUCAGUACUGGAAAGUCUAUUCAUUGGUCAAUCCUGUAUAUAUUACUAACAAAGGUUCUGGAAAAUGAUACUUUUCUGAUAUUGAUUCAUGUUGCCGCUCUUUCUGUGACGAAAUAUUUUGAAAGUCCGUCCAGUUAACGACCGUCAAAGUGGACUUAGUAACAGUAAUAGUCACCAUACUCGUUUAUCUAUUAGUCCAAGCGAUAUUUAGCAAAACAUUUUUCAAGUAUAUUGUAAAAAAAUUAAGAAUGGGAGCAUUUUUGGAUAAACCAAAGACAGAAAAGCAUAAUUCCGAGGAUUCCGGUAAUAAUAUACGCUACGGUAUAGGUUCUAUGCAAGGAUGGCGCGUAGAAAUGGAAGAUGCUCAUUCAGCGAAAAUUGGCCUUGACAAUCAUAAGGACUGGGCUUUCUUUGCUGUUUUUGAUGGUCAUGCCGGCACAGGAAUAUCCAUUCAUUCAUCUGCACAUUUGCUGAACUGCAUACAAGCGAACCAAGAUUUUACCCUGGGUAUUACUUCUUGCGAAAACGUAGUAAUACAAAAAGGCAUUCGUGAAGGAUUUUUAGAACUAGAUGAAGCUAUGAGAAGUUUACCUGACGUAGUACAAAAUUCAGAUAAGAGUGGUACAACGGCGAUAUCGUGUUUUGUAUCCCCUAAAUAUUAUUAUUUUGCUAAUUGCGGUGAUUCUAGAGGGGUAUUAAGUCGGAAUAAUUCAGUACUUUUUGCAACUGAAGAUCAUAAACCUACAAAUCCGAACGAAAGAGCAAGAAUUGAAAAUGCCGGUGGAUCUGUACUUAUUCAAAGAGUUAACGGAAGUUUAGCCGUGUCUAGGGCAUUGGGAGAUUACGAAUAUAAGUGCAAACCGGAAUUAGGACCUUGCGAACAAAUGGUAUCCCCUGAACCUGAUGUAACCGUGAUUGAACGAAAAAGUGAUGACGAAUUCAUGGUUUUAGCCUGCGAUGGUGUAUGGGAUGUGAUGACAAAUGAUGAAGUCUGCGAUUUUGUUCGUGAUCGCAUGGCUGCAUGUGAACAUUUAACCGAUGUGUGCAACCAAUUAUUGGACACAUGCUUGCAUAAGGGAAGCAGGGACAACAUGAGUGUAGUCAUCGUCGCUUUUGAGGGUGCCCCAAAAUUCUCCGAAGCUGCGAAGGAAAGAGACGAACAGCUAAACGAAAUCAUCAGAAAAAAAGUUACUGAAUUGUGUGCCGAUGAUGGUACAUUGAACGAAGCUGGACCGAGCCUUGUGAACCACGUCAUGAAUUGUCUCGACAGUGUAAGACUGGAAUUACCGCCGGGUGGAGGAUUGCAAAGCAAACGGCAUCUAGUUGAAGAACUCGUGCGUGAAUUAGUGCCUAAUAAUAACUCUGAUAGUGAGGUAAAUGUCGUAGACUAAAGAAUUUUAUUCGGUUUUUUGCUUUUGUAGACAAGAAAGGGCGUAAAGUCACUUGUUUGAAAUUGCUUGCAUGAUAAACUUUGCGCACCAAGAUGUCUAUCUUUGUUUUAGUGUUUUAGUAUCAUAAAGAAGGACUUUAUAUUUCAGACGGUUUUUACGUUUUCUAAUUUUGUCUUUAAUAUACGUAAAUCGUCGAUAAACUUCCAAUAUAAAAAUUAAACUAGUCUCAGUUUGCCGUUAUAUUAUAAAUAGGCGAGGUUUAAAAACUAUUACAUUAUUUACUCAUAUUAAAAUGUCGAUUUGUCUUUUAGUUCUUUUAGAAGUCUUUUAAUAUUUUUCUUGCAGUCGUCACCACCAGUGCUAUCGCUGUUUCCUAAAGCUUCUUAAACAAAAUCAAAGUGAGUUUUCUAGAUGUUUUGUUGGAUGUUACUAACAAACGCGGCCUUGGACAGGUUACAACCUGUAUGGUUUAGGAAUCGGACUGAAUGAUUUUUCUAAGAGACGGGAGGUCAAAAAUUAGUGAUUAAAUGAAAUGUAUAAAUUGAUAUGUAAUAGCGAAUUUCGAAUUUCGUAUGUCAAUUAAUAAAUCAUAAUUUUGUAUUAUUUUCCUCGUUCCAGUGAAAUGUUACUAAGCCUGAUCAAAUCUUAAGGUAAAAGUUUUAUUUCACCCUCAAAAUUUUUAUUAAUAAUGUUUCUAGAUAGAUAAAACCGAGCCCUUAUUUUUCUCAAAAGUCAUUCUUUACGCUUCCUCAAACCAAUAUGGAGAGCAAUCUGAAUAGGAUCGCGUUUGGUACUUAGCAGAUAUAUAAAAUUAAUAUUUACAUAUAUAAUUGAAUAUAUAUAUAUAAAUACCAUUAAUAUUAUUAAUAUAUAUGUAUAUAUAUUUUCACGUUUGUAAAAACUUGAAAGAGCUGAACGCCUUUCAUUUUGACAAGAAUCAAUAUUGAUGGUGUUGACUGUUGCCAUAUUAUACAUCAAGUAUUUAGUAAAAGUGUUAAAGCAUAAGGAUAGAUAAAGUAAUAUUUUUCUUAUUUAUAUAGACAAUUUGAAUGCAGAACAGCGAAUGGAGUGAGCGUGAUUGUUAUGUUUGAAAUCACUUUAUUUAUACCAUUCUGAUUGAAUCUUCUGUUUCAAUUUGUCCUUAAAGCAGUUUUGUCUAUUUGAUAGUUUUUGUAUUACACAAAAAUAAUUAUAUAAUUAGGCACUAUUCAAGAGUAUUUGGUGGAAAGAGCAUUCUUUUAAUUUUUUUUUCUUCAAAGUACAUCAAUAGGAGACUAAAGCAUCGAUCAAUUUGAAGAAUGUAUUUUAUUUCUCAUAUUGAUCAAGCAGUAUAAUAAAGUUUCCUAAAUUUAUACGUUUUAAACUAUUUAAAUAUUUUUUAUUAUAUAAAUUUCUCGACGAACUUAACAUCAUCGUUCUUUGCUCAAAAAGUUUUCAGCUUCAUCUUUAGGCGUUUUUUCCCCCACGUACUCUUUGUAGUAAGAAAUUUUUAAAAACAUGAACUGCAAUGUGUGUAUAUUGUCCUAAGUAUGAAUAAAUUAAUUGCGUUCUUAAAAUGCUGAUUUUAUAUGAAAGUUUUGAGUAUAUGAUGUACAUAUGUAUUUACUUAUACAUUAUAUACAUAGUGAUUGUAUAUAUAUAAGUAUAUCUAGUGUAAGACUAUUUUUACACUAAGAAAAUUGUAAAGUUGAAUGUUGUUGGUCUGUAACCAAUUAAAACGUUGACAGAUUUUAUCAUUUUCUUAUAUGAUUAUUCUUAUUUCUUAGUUUCUUCAUAUCUGAUAGCUAGCUCGAAUUCUAUCACAACAUUUUUGUGAACUUCGUCUAUUCAGGCUUUCGAAUUAGUAACCUCGCCAGAAUCUGAGUUAUUGAAGGCAGAUUCAGAUAAUUUCUGAUGUUCGUGCGGCUCUUGCUCUUCAUCUAUGGCUGGUUUCCAAUUAUCCGUUGGUCUCAAAAGCAUUUUCACUCUCUGUAACCUUAAAAUGUUAUAGGAUUCUUGAAAAUUUAAUACUAUACCAACCUGAACAAAAGUUCCCUUGGCAUGACAAAGGAUGCUGUACACAGCUACAGCAGGUAUCACUAAAAUAGAGCAUAACGCGAACAUCCAACCGAUACUUACUGCCCAUCCUGGAUAAACGUAGCAGCCGUAAGUAACACUUUUGUGUUUCACAACAGCACUUAUGAACACGAACUGGAAAUUUUCAAUAGAAAUCUAUACAAAAAAAGUCAUUUUAUUCAAGAAUAAUUUUACCAAAAUAAGGGCAGGAGAUAUGAAUUUCCAAGAAAAGAUCCAAUACAUUGAUAAAUUAUGCCCAAGCAUACUAGCUGUAUCGCUACGAAAUUUAUUGACACCUGUUGAAAUAUAAUAUAAUCUUCUUUAGUAUAUAUUCAUUCGGAAGUAGAUUAGAAAAUAGACAAACCAUAAAUCCAGGCAAUUACGACACAUUCAAUGAAAGAAAUGAUCAUCAAAGAAAAUGUAGACGCGUACCAAUCCAUUAUGUGCAGGAAGUACAUUCCGCCCUGUAAUUUUGAAAAUAAACCAAUUUGAAAUCUCUAUUAUAUACUUAUACUGAACCUGCGUGACACAAGGUAUUCCAAGGAUCAAACCUACAAAACACACGAACAUAGUCAAGAAAAUUUUCGCUUUUGAUGCUUUUUUAGGUAAUUCAUCAACAAGAGUUGUCAUCAUCGUUUCAAUCAUGCCGAACUAAUAGGGAGAAUUGUUGUCGUUAACUUUUUUUUUAUAAGGCUAUAUAACGUAAAAUUAUCGGAUUUCAAUAGAAUUUCAAACGAACCUGACUGUCAAUACCGACUGUAAACAAAAAUAUGAAAAAUAAAACGGCCCAAAAAUUCUUUGGUCCUGGAAAUUGUGUAAUGGCUUCUGGAUAUACAACAAACACUAAACCUGGACCUAAAAGAAUUGAGAUAAACAUUUAGUUUUUUAUUCGGUCAUUUAAGCAGAAAAAUAUCUUUUUGUACCCUGAACGACAACGUCUUCGAUGUCUAAACCGGUCUGCUUAGACAUAAAACCUAUAAUGCAGAAUAUCACCAUUCCCGCAAAUAUCGCUGUCAAAGUAUCGGUCAGACCGAC